AUGAGCAAACCGAAUAUAUCCACCCAACGACGGCCGAGCAUGAUGACUCGAAGUACCUUAUGCGGUGUUGUCGAAAGCUUAGAUGAACGUUGCAUGUUACAAGCGAGUGAUGUGGUUGUUGUAGCUCUCUGCGAUAUAACACUUUGGGAUUGGACUCGUAUCGAUUGUCCGCAUAUACCUCAAAACUUCGUUAUAUCCAAAGUCAAGCUGGACAAUUGUAAUUAUUUUCCUAUACCAUUUACGAUUUAUUACGACGAAGACGAAAUCGAUUACAAUCUUUGCUACGGUGUUCGAUGUGAUAUCUUCGAUAAAAAUCAAGAAUUGAAAUACAGUUCCGGACGAUUCAUUGAUGUCUUGACGGAAAAGAAUCCGAAAACAAAUGUACAUAUCACCAUUGUACCAUGUGACAUCCCUUCAACAACGGACCAAUAG